CUACUAAUAAUAGACACCGUUGGGGCUUGGUGCAAACAUAUAAAAAGGGAUUCCCUCCGUUAGAGUUGUUUCGGACUCCCUCGAUACUUCACAAGAUUUACUUACCUAUAGAACACCGGAACAGACAGACAUGGACGGGGGCAUCGCCAGUAAGUUAACACAUUUAUAUUUUCCUCAGCUGACACUCCCCUCAGAAACGUAUGCAUUGAUUUAUCAUUUCCUCAAGAAACAGUCACACGUGAAGGCAGCAAAAGCUGUGAAAAAAGCGGCCAAAGGUGUCGUCAUCCUCCGAGACGACGUGGACCUUGACGGCCCGCAACUCGGAGAAAUCGUGAGCAAGUGGGAAGCGCAGUCCGAGAAGUCGUGAGCACUCAUCUUUCGCGUUUGUGAACUAACGAAUCGGAUUCUCAUCUAUUUCACCCGUUCAACGAUUUCCAGGAAGAGCGGUGAUGGCAAGCACCCCAAAACUUCCAAGAAAACCGUUGACUAUAAUGCGAAUGCAACAAAAUCAUCAGUUUUCAGCUGAAACGAAACCAUUGAAAAUCCGGAAGAAACCCAACCUAAAUUCUUCUGCCUCUGAGUCGUCCUGCUGUGAAGAAGAAGUGGGACCUAAGGACAGCACCAAAGGGAUCGCUACUCAAAAUGUUCAACCUUCACGAUUGAGUCCCAGCCUAAGCUCUUCCGAUUCGGGCUCAAAAUCAGACGCUCAAGUGUUCAAAGAAACCGAAUCAGAAAAGCUAACCAAGUCAUCCUUGACUGAU